CGGGACGCCCACGUCGGCGCCCGUGCCCGCGGCGGCGUCGACGGAGCUGUCGCAGGAGGCGGCGGAGCGGCGCAGCCUCAAGUCGGGCCACGCGCGCACCCACGCCAUCGUCAUCAACCUGGACGACCGCUCCCGCUUCACCGAGGAGGUCACCGUCUGAACGGUAGGCGGCGCCACCCGCUGGGACUUCGGCGUUCUUCUGUUCUACUUGAGGGGGACAUGGUUGUCACACGUGGCUGCGGCUAUGGAUGUCCGGCAACGGCGCAGCGAUCGUCGAGCAAAGCAGGCUAGGUCCCGAGGGACGAAUAAAAGAAAAGAGACGCCCCGGAGACUACGUGGGCGGGACUGCCAAGACGAUCUGAUGCAGAUUACGUUUACAUUGGAGUAUGAGCGCUGCUGGAAACUGGUUACACUCGUCUGUCACGGCGGCAUUGAUUUCACCUUGCUCUCUGUGCUAGUGGAUGCAAAUCCAGAGUCACCUUUUGUUGAUGACAUACGAAGCGAUCUGGCAGUGUCGUACGCGGGAGUUGCGGAUGCUUCAGCCCCCGCCUCCGCUGCCCCCGCCGCCGCCGCCGCCGCCGCCGCCCCCAUCGCCGCCUCCACACGUCAUCGGCACACGACACCAUCUUCCAAAGGACCCGAGGAGCGAAAUGAUAUUUUUAAUCGUCUUGUAACAUACUUACGUCUUUUUGCUGUUGUGGUUAUAUUUAAUAAGCGAAAAUCAUUGUAAAAACGAUAAUUGUUUGGAAUAAAUCCAUCAAAUUAUCAGUGUGCUUUCUAUCUCGAAAGAGGCUCUGUGAAGUCACAGCGGUCAUCCUUUCCGAAGAACCUCAAAUUACACCGCAACCUUUCUUACAACUGAUUAAAAUUUCUAAAAAGCAUUCACUAUUAUAACUUGUUAUGGUGGACGUAGACUGCAUUCAGCGAAAAAAAUUCUUGCUUCCAUAUUCUUUUCUUCACGAUAAUAAUGAACGAUUAAAUUUUUAGCGCGAAUAAAAACCUCCCUACUCUCUAGUCGUAAAAUGAAGACAAGGAUUUGAAUAAUAUCUCAAAUAGAUUUAUAGAAUGAGUACGUUUUGGAUUUUAAACAUUAAAAAUAAGGUUUCCCGAUGUAAACUGAUUAAUGAAGUAAUCAGAAUAAAUUAAUUUCGGUAUAAAAAGCACACAUAUUUUGAACGAACCAA